GUUUACGUUUGUCGUUUGUUCUGUGCUGUGGCACGCUUCGCUACACUUUCGGCGCGUUCAUCAUUAAAUUAAACGAUUUUAAUAUGAGUGAAAAGGAAAAAUCCCGCCGCAAGCGUGCCUCCAGCGAGCCGGAAGGUGAAGACCGUGCGGACACACGCAAAGAGCCAUCGGAACCGGUAGUGCCGGAAGAAAGCAACGAGCCCGAAGGCGAUGAGGAUGAUGACGGUGGCUGGAUAGGACCGAUGCCAUCGGCGGCGGCACAGCCGAAAAAGAGGAAAGUGCUCGAGUUUGAGAAGCUGUACAUCGAAAACCUGCCCGAUGCGGAGUGUUACGAGAAGUCGUUCAUGCACCGGGACACCAUCACCCAUCUGGUCGUAACGAAGUCGGAAUUCAUCGUCACCGUCAGCGUGGACGGGCACGUGAAGUUUUGGAAAAAAAUGGAACUGGGCAUCGAGUUUGUGAAGCACUUCCGGAGCCAUCUGGCACCGAUCAACUGUUUGGCGGUGAACUGUAGCGGCACCUAUCUCUGUACGGCUUCGGUGGACAAGAGCAUCAAGGUGUUCGAUGUGAUUAACUUCGAUAUGAUCAACAUGCUUAAGCUGGAGUAUGUACCGUAUCGGGUGGAGUGGAUACAUCGGAUGGGGGAUGUGAUUAGCUACCUUGCUGUUGCGGAUCAAGAUUCACCGGUAAUUCGCAUCUACGAUGGAAAGGGAACAAACACACCGCUGCACACGCUGGAGAAGCUGCACACCAAACCCGUGGUGAUGAUACGCUACAAUCCCACGUUCGAGGUGACGGUUUCGAUCGAUAAAGCCGGCAUACUGGAGUACUGGUACGGGCCGCGGCAUGAUUUUAAGUUCCCCGCCAAGAUUGUACACUUUGAGUCGAAGCUCGACAGCAGCCUGUACGAGUUUGCGAAGAACAAAACGAUCGUCACCUCGCUGAGCUUUGCGCCGGAUGGGAGGAAGUUUGCCACCAUGUCCACCGAUCGGCAGGUGCGCGUGUUCGGCUUUCUGAGCGGGAAGCUGCUGCGCGUGUACGACGAAAGCUUGGCGCGGUACAGCGAGAGCCAGCAGCUGUCGCAAACGCUGUCGAACAUGGAGUUUGGCCGGCGGAUGGCGAACGAGCGGGAUCUGGAGAAAUCGGACGCGUUUGCUAACAUGAACGUAACGUUCGACUAUAGCGGACACUUUAUACUGUACCCGACGAUGUUAGGCAUUAAGCUGGUAAACAUUGAGACGAACCGGUGUGCGAAGAUUAUUGGCAAGAACGAUAACUUGCGGCCGCUCAAUUUGUCUCUAUUUCAGGGCAAGGUAAAGUUCUCCAAAGCGGCCACCACGCUCGAGCAGGAAGCGUCGGAAAAUAAAGCAGCACAGGCUAUACCGAACGACCCAACGCUUUUCUGCACUGCGUACAAGAAACAACGGUUCUACCUCUACACAAGACGGCUUCCGUCCGACCUGCAAGACAUGGAGCGCGAUGUGUUCAAUGAGAAACCUUCGAAGGAAGACAUCAUUUCCGUUACGGAAGGGCAGGGCGUACAAAAGAUCUACGACAAUGCGGUACUGCACACGACGAUGGGUGACGUUCACCUGCGCCUGUUUGGCAAGGAGUGCCCGAAAACGGUGGAAAACUUCUGCGUGCACAGCAAGAACGGGUACUACAACGGGCAUCUGUUCCAUCGUGUGAUCAAGGGCUUCAUGAUACAGACGGGCGAUCCGACCGGCACCGGUACCGGUGGCCAGUCGAUCUGGGGCGGUGAGUUUAAGGAUGAGUUCUGCUCCACGCUCAAGCACGAUCGUCCGUACACGGUUAGCAUGGCCAAUGCGGGCCCGAACACGAACGGAAGCCAGUUCUUCAUUACCGUACUGCCGACGCCAUGGUUGGACAACAAGCAUACAGUGUUUGGGCGUGUGCAUAAGGGUAUGGAGAUUGUGCAGAACAUCUGUAAUGCCAAGACGAACCCGAAAACCGAUAAACCGUACGAUGAAAUUCGGAUCAUUUCCAUCAAUCUGUCGUAAGAACUCAAAUUUUAAGAAACAAUAAUCAAUAAAAACGACGAAAGAGACAACUUAAAA